GACAUCGCCGUACGGGCAUAACGGACCCGCUCCGGCUUCCGUAGUUGAAGGAGUCCUCAGUUUAACUCCACUUUUCUCAUUUAUCGUUUUAUUUUAUUCCCACUCCUUAACAGGCGCAUAUUUUCAGCGUGAGUCACGUAAAAAAAAGAGCACGGGAAACACGGCGCCGGUGGCGACAUGCUAACUCAGGGCCUGCAAGACGGAGCUUUUAAUUUGACUGUCAAGGUGGAGAUCUAGCUAGCGAGUUUGCUAGCUUAAUGUUACCGUGUUAGCUCGUUAGCAGGGCUACGACAUAUUUAUUUAUUAUACAGGCCGGUUAAUGAACUCGCUGAAGAGUCGCUUGCUCGGCGAGGAGUCGUUUUUUGUCAGCAAGGCCGUGCUAAAGCGAAAGCUAACUUGGUCCGUUAAAAGUCCCGGAGAGACGGAAAGAGAUAGAGGGGGUCGCUGGUAGAUGCUCUCCGCUGCGGGUCACGGCUGUUGGGAGACCAGUUGCAUGUCAUUUAGCUGGUAGCUACAGAGUAAGAGAUACGGAAAUAGCAGUCCGCUCAGCCGACAUUGUAGCCGAAUAACAGGAGUUAUCAAGCGGCUGUUUGCUAAAGGCGAAGGUCGCUGUUUUGAAAGAGACUCACGACGCACGUUAGCAUUCAGUCAAAAAGGACCAUUUAUCAGACGAUUAUGUAUUUAGGUCGCUUAACUCCUGCAGCAAAAACACAUACAUUAGGGCUCGCUUAUGAAGAUUAGAGUCCACAGCAGGAUGUCAAAGGGAUUUGUGAGCUAAGGGAUUGCCAUCAAGUAGGAAAAUAAAAACCAAAACAAAGCGAAAGAGCUCCCAUUCAUGCCCGUCUCACAGCUGUGGUGCGGUUUGAAAUGUUCGGUUUGCCACUUGAAUGCUCUCCGUUCGGGCUGUAACGUUAGUUGUAGGCUGGGUUGCGUGAGCAGAAGUGUUGUGGACAUAGAUGCUUGGGAAAGCGGGAGGGAAACGUGUCCGAACAUCUGUAUUUGCGAAAACUUGGUGAAAUCGAGCAGCAGAAAUGCCUGGAGACGGUAGUGCUAGCAGUAGUAGUAGUAGCGAGGACUCGGACAGGGAGGCUCGGAAGAAAGUCUGCACCGUCAAACAUGAAAUCACGAAUGCAAACCUCACUGGAUACACAGAGAAAGUUGGCAUGGAGAAUUUCGAGCUUCUCAAAGUGCUUGGCACUGGAGCCUAUGGAAAGGUGUUCCUGGUCAGAAAGAUCAGUGGCCAUGAUGAAGGGAAGCUUUAUGCCAUGAAGGUUCUGAAGAAGGCCGCUAUCGUUCGGAGGGCGAAGACAGCGGAACAUACUCGGACAGAGAGGCAGGUUUUAGAGCACAUCCGGCAGUCGCCUUUCCUGGUUACCCUGCACUAUGCCUUUCAAACCCAGACCAAACUCCAUCUCAUUCUGGACUAUGUGAGCGGAGGGGAGAUGUUUACUCACCUGUACCAGCGAGAUCACUUCUCAGAAGAUGAGGUGAGAAUCUACAUUGGCGAGAUUGUCUUGGCUCUGGAGCAUCUGCAUAAGCUUGGCAUCGUGUACCGGGACAUUAAACUGGAAAACAUCCUCCUGGACAGCGAGGGCCACGUGGUGCUCACUGACUUUGGGCUGAGUAAGGAGUUUUUGGAGGAGGAGAAGGAGAGGACGUACUCAUUCUGUGGUACAAUCGAGUACAUGGCUCCAGAGAUCAUCAGAGGGAAGGCUGGCCACGGCAAGUCAGUGGACUGGUGGAGUUUAGGGAUUCUCAUGUUUGAGCUGUUGACAGGAGCGUCUCCUUUCACAUUGGAGGGCGAGAGGAACUCCCAAAGUGAGGUGUCAAAGCGUAUUCUGCGCUGUGAACCUCCGUUCCCUUCUCUGAUUGGGCCAGUGGCUCAGGACCUCAUCAGGAAGCUGCUGGUGAAAGACCCUCACAAGAGGCUGGGCUCUGGGCCCCGGGGGGCUGAGGACAUUAAAAGUCACCCUUUCUUCAAGGGUUUGAAUUGGGCUGAUCUGGAGCAAAAGAAGGUAGCAAGUCCAUUCAAGCCAGAACUCCGUAAUGAGCUAGAUGUGGGAAACUUUGCAGAGGAGUUCACGGGCAUGGAGCCGGUCUACUCUCCUGCCAGCACGCCUCCUAGCACGGACCGCCUCUUCCAGGGCUACUCAUUCGUGGCUCCCUCCAUCUUGUUCAAUAAGAACGCAGUGAUGGGAGAUGUUCUGGAUGCUCCAGUAAAUGUGGAACGACCUGGUUCAGCCACUGUUCAACGCAGCGCUAUGUUAAAGGAGUCUCAGUUCUUCCAGCAUUACGAGCUGUGUCUGCAAGGGCCGCCGCUGGGUGAGGGCAGUUUCUCCAUCUGCAGGAAGUGCCGGCACAAGCAGAGCGGCCAAGAAUAUGCUGUCAAAAUCAUCAGCCGCAGGAUGGAGGCCAUGACUCAGCGAGAAAUUGCAGCACUUCGGCAGUGCGAAUCUCAUCCAAACAUCGUUACUCUUCACGAGGUGUACACCGAUCAGUACCACACAUAUCUAGUGAUGGAAAUGUUGCGUGGAGGUGAGCUAUUGGAGCGCUUGAAGAGGAAGAAGCUGUUUGCUGAAGGAGAGGCCAGUCAGCUGAUGAAGAGCCUGGUGUCAGCAGUCAGCUUCAUGCAUGAGGCUGGAGUUGUACACCGAGACCUCAAACCAGAGAAUGUGCUGUUUGCAGAUGAGGCGGAGGACUCGGUGCUGAAGGUGAUCGAUUUUGGCUUUGCACGUUUGUUUCCUGCGGGCAGUGGUAGUGCUCCUCUGCAGACCCCAUGCUUCACACUGCAGUAUGCCGCUCCUGAGCUCUUCCACAGCUCCGGAUAUGAUCAGGCUUGUGACCUCUGGAGCCUGGGAGUCAUCCUGUACACCAUUCUCUCUGGACAAGUCCCAUUCCAAAGUGAGAAAAAAGGAAUGACCUCAUCCCACGCUGCCGACAUCAUGCACAAGAUCAAAGAAGGAGAUUUCUCAUUGGAUGGUGAUGCUUGGAAAGGCGUGUCUGAAGAGGCCAAAGAUCUAGUGAGGGGUCUGUUAACAGUGGACCCGGAGCGGCGACUGAAGUUGUCUGCUCUGAAAGAGAAUGCAUGGCUGCAGGGCGGUGGGGUUUCCUCCACUCCUCUCUGCACCCCCGAUGUCCUGGAGUCCAGUGGUCCCACUGUCCGCACCUACGUAAACGCCACCUUCAAGGCCUUUAACAGGGGCAAGCGGGAGGGCUUCUUCCUGAAAAGCGUGGACAAUGCGCCUUUGGCCAAACGCCGCAAGCUGAAAAUGACCAGCACGGGCAUGGAGACACGGCGCAGUUCUUCAUCCUCGUCCUCAUCCUCAUCCUCUUCCUCCUUGGCUUCCCACCCCAAGACACAGAGUCGCCAGACUUUCACCCCUAACAAUGACCCAAAACUGUGACCCUGUGGCUGAGAACCCUCCCUGGGCACCCUCCGACACGAUGUUGACCUUCUUGUUUGGAAGAAGAGGUCAGCAAAGAAAAGCAUUAGAUUUGUAUUGAAACAAAAAGAGACUGAAAAGAGGAUAUGCAGUGGUUACUGCUCUACAUGGAGUCCUGUAGGGAUAUAAGCUCAAGAUGGCUGAAGCAGACUGAUCAAUGAACAAAGUCAAUUGACUGAACACAAGAGGGCUCGAACACUCAUUAUAUGUGGAUCUAUGUGUGAGGAGGGGCCAUCAGUGACAAGAUCGAAUGGCAGUGCUUGGAUUAUUGGAGCCAGGUAAAGGUUAGGUCACUCUGACACAUGCUUUCUUUCCAUUUCACCACAGAGCUUGAUGAGUGAUCUGCAAUCUUCAGUGGACUCUGUGAUGUUUUCUUUGCAUGUGGGUGUGGGCACUGUCCGCGAGGUAUUUCUUUGUUUAUGAGGACAUUUUGAUACAACCUGAGCUUAUUUGAAAGAAUGUACGCAAUUUUGAAACGCUGCCUUGCGUAAUGGCACACAGAGACUCCAUUAAUAUUCUUUUUUAUUGACAUGAAAGGUUAGUUAUUUUUCAGUGGGGCAAAAAGAAAAAUAGGAAGGUGUCGGGGGGGUGAAAAAGCCAUGACAGAAAAGCCAUAUGGAAUAGAAGGGAACCAUUUUAGAAUAUCUAUAUUUAAAAAAACAAAAAAACAAAAGAUUCUCUAAAUGUACAGACCAACAUCUGCUGAGCACAGCUUUAUAUGAAUCAUAUCCAUAUAAAUUUUUAAAAAAUAGUAAUUGGUGAAUGUUACUGUCUUAAAACUUGUUGAAUGCCGAUAUAUGCAUGUUAUGCACAGGCUAUUUUGAACAAUUUCUUUUUAAAGGCCGAAUCACAUGCUCUAACGUAGACUUGGCAGUUAAUCAGCACGGAACUGUCAUCAACUGUUUAACUUCUCUGGUUCUGAAUCACGCUCAGUUGCUCGAUUGGUGCUACUGUACCAGGAGGUCAUCGACUUGUGGCUGUAUAAGUAAAGGUGCACUAGGUGGGAAUACAUGAGUAAUUGACAUUGGCAUUGAUGUUGUUGUUACUACAAGCUGUUGUGUGCUCCAGUUGUCUCUGUGUGCUGUUGAUCGAGUCCGUAGCAUUUGUAACGUUACGCAAACACGUUCGUAGCAUUUUUAUGAAUUUUACAAGAGCCUUGUGUGGCCCUUUUAUUAAAACAGGAACUAUAGUGAUGGGUUAGUUUGUGAAUCGGUGAUCUACAAUGAUCUUUUAACUAAAUUUAAAUAGAGAAAAUUCUACUUAUUGCACCUUUUAUGGCCUCCUGCUUUAGGAACAGUGUGAGCUCUGACUAACUGCCCAUGUAGAGCAACCAUGAGCUGCAUUUCGGCUCAAAACAGAGGCUUGGUGAUCCCCUUUAACAACCGUACUUGAACAAAUCUGCUUCCUUUUUUUUCCUUUUCUUUUUUUUAACGCUCUUCUCUUUUGUCCAUACUGCGGCUGUUCUGCCUGUGGUUGAACUCUACAGGCCACUGUCAGGGGAGUGUGAUGUACUGUAUGGCGCAGUAGGUUUCUAAGACCUACACCAGUGCUUUGAAUCUCCAAAGGGCUCCAACACGCUCGCACACGCACACUUGCACUCCUCAUCUGAGGUGUGUGUGAUCCAGCACUGUGAGAAGCAGAGUGAGAGUGACAACGGCAGUCUUUUACUUCCCCCUUUUCUUUUUCCCAAGGGGUGCCCGAUAUAUAUUAUUCGUCCAUUAAUGUAAAAAUUGCAGUAUUGGGUUUGAUCUGAUAUUCAAAUUACAUCAAUCAUCAGUUGAUGAAUUAGCACAUAUUGUGGAUAGCAUAGUGGAUAACACCAUAGCACAUACAGAAAAUUGGAGGUUUGAUUCCCCAUACAGGCAGGAACUGGACUGCUAUAGUUAUAAGUAUCGAAUAAGUUUUUUUUUUGUUACUCGCUCUUAGACUCCUAAGAUGACAUGGCUAGUAUUUCUGGCUAAGAAUGUCCGCGAAAUAAUAUAUAAAAAUGAUGUAAAAUUAAGCCUGUGCUUGGUAAAGGUUAACUGAGUUACCACUGUACCCCAAUCAUGGCCCUCCAAUAUAAAACUCAUUUACUGCCAGUUAAAAAAAAAAAGUUUCUGAUUUAUUGAUUUAUUUUCAUAAUGCAAACCAUACCAAAACACUAGUAUUCCCACAUGUUAACUCAACUUUGAUGAGAUUGUUCUAAAAAUGUGACUGUUGAGCUGCACUGGUUAAGUGCACUCAGGAGGCAGGGCGGGGCACUGUUUGCCAUCGCCACAGGCAGAUAUCAUGCUGUACAGAAAGCCGCUGUGCUACGAUGUAUGUUGUAGGAUAUUCUCAGACCUUUAGGUUUCAGACACCACACAGAUGCUUUGUGGGAAUUAAAAAAAAAAAAGGUAAAAGAAAGAAACAAAGAAAUUCAGAGUUUUGGUUGACCUGCUGUUAUAUUCCAUGUGAUUACUCGAAUAAGAGGAUUUUGUUACCUGCACAAGCCUAUGUAAAAUAACUCCAUAGCUCACAUCUGAUGUAGCUUUGUGAAGGGUACAUACAUAUAAUCAAUGUACCAUCCUAACCUGUGAAAUGCUCACUGUACUUCAAAUAUGAAUUAUUGUGUCAACUUAUUUGUAGAAAAAAAAAAUAUGGAUUAUGCUUACAGGCCACAUUAGUUGCUAAUUAUCAGUCAUCAUUAUCAGCCCAGAAAUUCUGUAUCGGUGCAUCCCUUUUUUGUUUUUAUCCCUAAUCCUCCCUUUGGCCCUCUGAGCGAGGGUGGAAAUUAUUUUUCUGGUACGUUUCUCAGGCUGAGUUCUCUGUAUCUAAGCUGAAUGUACUGGAGUGUCCUGAUCCCUCGACUCAUGCAGGAUUGCUGUGUGCAGACAGAGAUUCAAUAAUAGCAAAAAAUGAGCAGACAUGAAGACGUCGUAAUCUCCUCUACAGCACUGUGUAAUCAACCACAGUAUGCUCUCAUGAAAGAGCGGCAAGGCUGUAAUACGAAACUGGUCGCUGUGCUGUGGUCAAAUACACCAUUCUUGAUUUUUUAAUGCCAAAAUGAUCCUUUGGCAGACAUUUACGUUAUUAUCUUAGGUGGUAGUAUCUUUGUGUAGUGCACUUGGUUUGGAAGCAAGCAGCGUGCUGGAUGAAGCGUUAGCAGGCUGUGGCAGGGCCAGAGGAGGCAGCCACAUUAUUCAUUUUGGCUUUGGUGUUGCACACAGAGAAUGUGAAUGAGAAAUGGCUGGAAAUUGGACAAAGGCAAGUCAGAGAAAUCAGUCUCUCAGUGCAGCUUGGUUGUUGGAAUCAUAUAAAAUUGAGUUUUAAUUACUCUUGAGGGAUUUGGUUGAUGUGCUUUGCUUUGAACUUCUGAGAAUACAUGUUUUAAAUGUGAUGAAAAAUUGUGGGGUUACCAAAUGAUUUGGAGACUGGCGCAUUAAGGACGUUUUUGGUGUCUGUUUUUUGCGUGAUGAACACACUGAUAAUACACUUUAAUAUUUUAAUUUUUUUUUUUUUACUUGAUUAAACUGCUUAUUUGUUCCUGAUGUCGCACAAGUACAGGCUGUAACUGAUGAUGUUUCCAGCUUUAAAAAAGUUCAUAUCUUUGAUAUUUAUUACUUUUUAUUCUUCUUUUGGAUUACUGUUUUAUUAGGAGUAAUGGCUAUGGCUUCCUGCCUGCUUUAUUUGAUGUGUUUGUUUGUG